ACAUGGCUCGAGCACUGACAGCACCAGAUACAAAGCACCCAGAUGGAACAGUAGGGCACAGGCACAACAACAUGAGUGUUCUACAGCAACAUUGUGCUUUCUUUGACCAAGAUGACAAUGGAAUUGUUUAUCCUUGGGAAACAUUCGUAGGCCUCCGUGCGAUUGGCUUUAAUUUCAUUGCUUCUAUUAUCAUGGCUGUUGGAAUCAAUCUCGCUAUGAGUUAUCCCACUCUCCCUCACUGGUAUCCUUCUUUGCUGUUGCCAAUCUACAUACACAAUAUUCACAGAAUAAAGCAUGGGAGUGAUAGUGGAACUUAUGACACGGAAGGACGUUAUGUACCGGUAAAUCUUGAGAACAUUUUUAGCAAGUAUGCUCGUACAGUACCUGAUAAGCUCACACUUGGAGAGAUUUGGGACAUGACUGAGGGCAACCGAAAUGCAUUUGAUCCAUAUGGCUGGGCUGCUGCUAAAUUUGAAUGGGGGGUUCUGUAUGUUCUGGCAAGGGAUGAGGAUGGUUUCUUGUCCAAGGAGGCUGUGAGAAGAUGCUUCGAUGGCAGCUUAUUUGAAUACUGUGCUAAGAUGAAUUAUGGAUAUUAUGAUGAUGCUAAGACGAGUUGAAAUAUUUCUCUCUUGUAUGGUAUGAGAAUAAUCAUUGCUAAGUGAAAUUUCUUUGUUUGUUAAUACUGUUAGAAAGAUGUUUCAACAAUAAAGAAGCAGCAGCAUGUGACUAUAUUUGAUGUAAUUGAAGAAUUUCAAAUUUUAGUUGCAUUAAUUUGUAUCACUCCUUAUAAUAUAUAAUCUAUAUAGCGCAUAUAUUAUCUCCUUUUAUUUGUAAGGAAAAA